AUGCGUCGCUGGUUACUUCUGAGCGCGAUCGUCGCCUUCAUCCACCAUGCUGCCGCGGUGAACCAAUUCCAUCGACCUGCUGCCGAUGGCCCGACUGGUGAUUACAGCGAGAACCCAGCCUACGAGGUCGGGAAGGACAUUACGUUUCUCUGGGACACGGAUUUCGACCAGAUCGAUCUGGUUGUCUGGAGCGAUGCGUCAGAUAAAUUGAAGACGUCCUUGUACAAAAGGCUUACAACAAACCUGUCCAGUAGGGCAUUUACGUGGAAGCCUAGCUUUGAUGGCUUCCCGGUCGAGGCUCAGACUCUCGGCGUCUUUUACUUGACGUUCUAUCAAGCUGGAACGGUCAAGCAGGCUGCGCAGUCGCAUUACUUCAACAUCACGCAGUCGGCGGUGGCUGCAGCCUCGGCGUCAACCACGAGUACUGCUACUACAGCAUCGGCGUCACCGGCAUCCGCAACUCCCUCCGAAAACCCUAGCUCGACAACGACCGACUCUCCUUCCGAUGCUACCUCGACCGAUGCCGCGGCUCGACAAACCAGCAGCAGCAGUGGCGGCGACAGCGGCAUCGGGCUUUCGGCAGGCAUGGUAGCGGGCAUCGCAGUUGGAGUAGCUGUCGCCACUAUGCUCAUCGUCGGCGCCGCUGGGUUCAUGGCCUGGAGAAAGCAUAACAAGAAGCAGGGGCCCGGGGAUGGCGGUGAUGCUUCCAGAGGUGAUGUCGUCGACAAUGCCGCCCAGGGGCACUAUGCGCCCUCAGGAUAUGCGCCGACGAGCACGCACGUGGACUCGGUCCAGUUCACAUCCACGACACAAUACGACUAUCAAGGGGAAUGGAAGAACAACAUGCCGGCAACGCCUGUUGAGCUGGAUACGGAGAGGACUCCCGAGCUCGGUAACGGGCAUGAACACGCUGGCGAAUUAAAUUCUGAAAGGCGUUAG